AUGCCGCUCAACAAUGCGGCCGGUACCACUUAUACUUUUGUCCAGGAUCAGCGCAAUGCUCCCAGGUCCCCGCCAGUGUCGCUCCGGUGUAGCCCUCAACCUGUCCAGACGGGUGACAAAGUAAUCCAUCCUGUCAGGCGCCCGAGAGAGCUUCUGGGGAAUAUGGCAACGAGCACCCGGCCGAUAGACUAUGAUUUGUUCCACCACUACUUCACCGUCACCGUCUCGAGCAUCACCCCGGUUGAAGAACGGCGGCAGCUGAUAUGGACAGACCUCGUCCGCAACUGUGCUCAAUCGUGUGGACACAUUAAGUACGCACUUCUGGCGCUAUCUGCACUACAUCGCGCCUCGCAAUCAACCCCUACGUACUGGACCUCAGAUCUCGUGCAGCUUAUGCAUAGCUCGCUACAUACUUCGGAGACCGAUACUGCCUCAUCAGGUAUGUCAGCGGUGCUACAAUCUCUUGUGGAUUUGAAUGAGAGACACACAACCGACCCCGGCGAACGCCAAACGUAUGCCUACAACAUCUGGGUCCUUCAAGCGAACUCACGCCUGGUAGCCACUGGUGCACGCCAGACGACCACUGGCACUUCUGAUCUUGGCGCAUUAUUGCGCCUUUGCCAUGAACUACGGCCCGCUAGGAGGGACCUUAACUUUGACGAGGAUGUCACAAUCCACAAAGGGCAACGCGUGUGUGUAGACAGCUACAAUAUGAUGAACCCCGACAUCUAUGACCAGCCGAAAAAGUACGAUGCGUACCGCUUUUUGCGAAUGCGCGACAAGCCAGGCUUUGAGAACAAGGGACAUCUAGUGGCCACCACCCCUGAUCACCUGUCCUUCGGUCAUGGCCAGCACGCCUGUCCGGGCCACUUUUUUGCUGCAAACGAGAUGAAGGUGGCCCUGUGUCACUUGCUCUUGAAAUACGAUUGGAAGCUAGCGUCGGGCUGUUCUGUCGAUCCGACGGUGGUUGGGGUUUCUCGAAGCGUUAACCCGACGACUCGGCUUCUGUUCCGACGGCGUGAGGAAGAUAUCCCCUUGGCGUCGUUGGGAUUCGACGACGAUGUGCUACAGUAG